UUUUUUAUCAGGCAUGGGAAGACUCUGACGGUUGCGGGUCAUCCCACGUGUCAGUUAUCAAUGUAUGUAGUGAUAUGGCUAAAUUAGUGAGCAUUGAACAUAAAUAGUGAAAGAUCUGCAGAUUUUUUUAUCUGCUUGGAACAAAUCGUAAUUUUAGGCCAUGGUGCCAAAUUUGUACGCGAAUGACUGAGGCCGAGUGAACGCUCGUGCUCGAUCGCGACCAUGGCGGCCCCGCAUUCAACGGGUGAAAUCAGGGUCGGCUCCAUGCAUCAGGCGGAUCUGCCAGAUUGUCAAGGAGAAAUCGACCCUGAAGACAUGCCGGAAACGUGCGAGGAUUGGGAAGAACUGCGCUGGUGUCCUGGUUUAACGUCUGACAAUGACCUCCUCAUGUAUCUACGAGCGUCUCGUAGUAUCGCUGCUUUUGCUGGAAUGAGUUUCGGUGUUUCCACUGAAGAAGGGAGCACGUUCGCGUCUCGCGACGAUACCACCUUGAAUGCGCUGAGCAUUUUGCAUUCCAGGAACUAUGAUACUCGGAUGGCUCUCACAACACUCGUCAAAAGUCCCGUCAUGAAAUCCAUGGACAAGAAGUGGUCUGAGGAAGAAGUCAAACGUUUUACCAAGGGACUACGCCAGUUCGGGAAGAACUUUUUCCGAAUUCGUAAAGAACUGCUGCCUCACAAAGAAACGGCCGAACUCAUCGAGUUCUACUACUUGUGGAAACGAAGUCCUGCCAAUGCAUCACGUCCGAACAACCGACGACAUCGAGGACGUCAAAACCAUCGCAAACGGGGCAAUCAUCGUCAGCAGAGCAAAGAUCAACAAAGUUCUGCUAGCGAUGACGAAGGGGACUCUGGAGAUACGGACACGGAGUCCAACAACAACCAUUGUUUCCAUUGUUUAGCUCAAAGUUCGAACGAAUGGCAUCCCGCGCCGGCCGGCCUUGGUCGCGAUAAGAGUCUACUUUGCAUCGAGUGUUUCUGUCACUGGAAAGAAGGCGGUCAGUUACCUGAUCUCCCUAAAGAACGGCCGACUUCUUGCCUGACGCCGGACUUCAUGUUCCGGCCUGUGCAAGAAGACGAAGAGCCACCAGCUGUCACCGUACCUGCAGAAUCCGUGGCAGCUGGUGGACCCAAUAACGACGCCGAUGUUGACAUCGGCGAAAAAGAGCGUCUGAAUGACGGCAAAGCUUUAGUUGUGUCGCCCGCCAUGGACGGCGAGACGAAUCAUGUGAAUCCUCUCUCAGUGCCGGAGCAGCCCACCGUUUUGCCGAAGGAGAACGGCGACGGCAUUGUGACUGAAGAAGAGGAGCCGGACGUGACCGGCUCUAGUUCCCUGGCCCAAAAGCGUCUGAACGACGAAGAUGAUGAUGGGUUUGCUAGUUGUGACGGAGCAAAGGGCUCAGAUCGGAAGCGUCUUCGAACGCUCAACGAAGACGAGGAUGAGGAACUCGACGGCGACGAAGAAAAAGAAAUUCAAAGCAUCACCAAGGGGAAAGCGAAACCGCCGAGGUCGCCCUCUGAAAGCAGUGUUUUGUCCGACGUGGAUGAUCACGCCUCCGUCGCUGGCUAUUUGAAGCCGGAAGAAGGAUCAAAUCUGCCUGUGAUGUUGAAGCUUCGCAACGGACCCUCAGAAGGGCUGGAGGCGAAACCAAUCGACGGAGAGAACACCGUGGGCGUCUUGAACAUGAGUCACAUCAGCAAACCUGUCCCAGUUGUGCCAUCAGCGCCUAGUCUCGUGAAACUGGAGAACAAUCUGUGCAGCCCGAAGGAACCCGGCGGAAUGGGAAUCCUUGAAGGUGGUGUUCCAUCCCCGGCUUCUCCAUGGAGCCAAGUGGUAAAGCAGGAUCAUUCUCCUUCUACGAGCGUCAACGGAGUUCCCAAGGAUCAGAUGAAUUUGGCGUCAGUAUUUAUGGGCAAAGAACAAAUUGUGUCCGCUGCUGGGCCGGGGGUGAUCGUCCAAGGUCCUGUCACGUCUUCGGGCGUGACAGGACCGACGACGGCGUCAUCAUCCGCUGUCAUCAUCCCACCGGUAGCCAACAGCGCUGGUGUUGUUCUCGCCGGACAAUCCGAAUCCAUGGUCAUAAAGGAAGAAGCCGGCUCACCAUCGGGUCUUUCAUCGAAAUUCCCGCCCGUGAAAAAAGAAAACGCCGAAGGAACGAACCAUGGUGCUUCGACAUCUCAGGAAAUCAAGCCCUCCAUGGAGGAACUGAAACGACCUGCAAGCACGGCAAGUGCCGGAAUUUCCGCAGCAUCGAUAACUACAGGCCCGCCGCCGCAGGUUGUGAUCCCUGGGACACCACACGGACUGCCUUUCCCGCCGCACCUUGCCGCCAACCCCAUGUUCUUCCCUGCCACCUCGCUGCCUUACCCAUAUGGUUACCCUUACGGCUACCCGUACUAUCCGUACCCAGCCGGACCGGGGUUCCCAGGGGCACCGGCGUCAGUUUGUCUACCGGGCACUCCACCCGGCGCCGGCAGGUUCGUACCACCGCCGUUCGGGCCUCCUGUAUCUCUACCGGGUGCACCGUCUCCGUCGGCCAGUUCUGCGCGAUCCCCGUCGGCGAAAUCCCCCGCGUUGGUAACGCGACCGCAUUCGAGGGACAAGAAACCGAUGUCUACGCCGCCGCCGCAGUCAGAUAAAAGCCGGGAUUCGUUUGCGAAGUUGCAUGGACCGGGCUACGGGGAUGCGAGAGUGUCGGCGACGAGUGCGUCGAUGAGCACUGUGACCUCGGUUACGACUCUGUCAAGUGGGAUGAGAUCAGCCGUAAGUGGUGGAACUCCGACCAGCCUGCCGGUUCGUUUGAGCACCUCAGAGUCGCAAUCGAAGCCCUCCCAAAGUUCUGCGCCGAUGGGGUCCAUGCUUUCCGGAAAUCCAUAUGGUCUGCCGAUGGUCGGAGCCGCUGGAAUGAUGCAACAUGUUCUGCAACCGCAUCCCUCGCUUCCACGUGGAGCAUCUCCAUCGUCGUCACCGGUGACCGUGGGCCAGCAAAUGGAUACAUCGAACUCUCAUCCAGGCAGUCGGCCGCCGUCCACUCAGCCUUUACCGCCUUCAAUGGCAUCAGGACUAGGACCCCCGCCAUCUCCACUAGCUGGUGCCACCAAGCAUGGCCUGCCGCCACCAGAAAUGCUCGGCCCCGAUGAUCUCGUGCGGCAAAGUCCGUCGCACCAGAUUCCCCGAGGGCCCAGUCCUGAGCCGAAGAUCGAAGAUUCUGAGUGUCAUCGCAGUGAGAGUGCAAUUUUUCUACGCCAUUGGAACCGCGGUGAGGGGAACUCUUGUGCAAGAACUGACCUUACGUUCAAACCCGUGCCUGAUUCGAAACUCGCCCGAAAACGUGAGGAGCGACUUCGAAAGCAAGCCGAAAAGGAGCGCGAAGAGCGGGAGAAAGCCGCUGUCGCACAAGCGAACGCGAAAAAAGACGCACCCGCCAGUGAACCGAGACGAGAAACUCCCAAGAGCUUUGGUGCGCCGGGCCCCUCUCCUCAAGGAGCCGGAAUAGGUACUGGAGGACCAAUUGAGUCGAUAUCGUCACCGGCUUAUGAGCGAUUUCGAUCUCCGGUCGGGGUUUAUCCGGAUACGCCUGCCUUACGCCAACUCAGUGAGUACGCGCGGCCGCAUGCAGGAUUCUCGCCUUCCUCUUGCCUUCCUCGGACCACACCGGGCCAAGGGAUGAUGCCUUUUCCGGGGCAUCCAUUGGAUCCGAUGUAUCAGUAUCAACUGUACGGUGAUAGAGCGAGAAUGGAAAUGGAGCAAAUGGAACGUGAGAAGCGUGAAAGAGAGUUGCGAGAAUUGCAAGAGCGGGAACUGGCACGAGGGCUAAACUUGAAGGAUUCUCCGCAUUGGCUUGAGUUGCACCGACGGUUCGGUAUGCUGCCGCCUGGGGCGCCCGGCUUGCAGCAGUCGGUGGCGGCGGCUGCUGCUGCGGCAGCUGCGGCGGUAACUGGGCCUGGUGGGUCUGGUGGACCCGGUGGUGGACAUCCAGGGUUGGCCUCUGCGGCUCAAUUGUUCCCGGGUCUCUACGGAGCAAACAUGCCUGGUCAACAAGCUUUCUCCGCCUUAGAAAGGGAACGGCUUGAAAGACUAGGUGCGAGUGAGCAAAUGUUUUCCUCAGUAGCUGCGGCGGCUGCGGAACAACGGUUACACGCAGAGAGGAUGGCGCAGCUGGCAGCUGUUGGAGCCGGAAACAUACCAGGCUAUCCUCGACCGCAAGGAGGCAUGAUGUCAAGAGAAUCCGGUCCCAGUGGAAUGAGUGGUCCUGGUUCAUCACCUAUGCAUCCUCAAAUGCCCAAUCCGCUGCUUGGAGGUCGUGCCUAUGAUGAGCAAAUCGCUCAACAGCUGAAUUUCCACGCCGCACAAGAGCAGUUCCAAAGACAGUUGCUGUUCGAGCGCGCCGCUGCGAGCGGCGAACGAUUUCAAGUGCCAGUCUCUAUGUCCAUGUCUCUGCAUCCUUCCAUCAUGGCUCAACACGAGGAGUACUUGCGUCAGCGUGAAAGGGAACUGAAAGUGAGGGCGCUCGAGGAAGCUGCGAGAAGUGGACGGCCGCCUUGAAGACCGUGAACGUGGUAUUCCCUGAGGUCGAUUCUGCUCGAGUCCACUUCCUUGCUUUCGCUCUCUGCGUCCCCCAUGCCGGAAUCGUAACGCCAGCCGCCCUUUUUUGGCAGCCGGGGGACGACCUGCUUCUCCUUCUGGCCAGCGAGGGUAGGACCGCAGGCAGCCAGGCGAACAUUCCUCCUUGUAUUUGGUUGUGGGGAUGGUUUCCGCGCAAAAAAAAAAAGCUGGCGAAUUUGUGAUACGGGUCCCCCUCCACUCUCCGUUCGUACGUCACAUCGAUCGCUUCGGCUUUCCGCGGAGGGGCAGCUACGCUCUGUGCUCUCUCGGAUCAUCCCGGUGUCGUUUCUUCCUGUGGCUUGGUCGAGUAACCAACGCACCGGAUCAACUUCUCAUCAAUUUUUAACGAUCAGUCACGGUUGCGAGGGAAAAAUUCAAGAUGAAGUAGUUGUACAAUUAGGAGUGCGUCGCGAGAGAGCUGCUCUGCAUUUAAGCAAUCAUUUUUCUGUUGUAUCCUUCGUUGUAAGAGGAGCGGGGCUCGAGCGGGACUUGGAUCGAGGAAAGAGUUGUAUCGCGUUCAUUCGGCGUUGUGAUCUGUCGGGAGAUGUGUUUUGUUUUCUGCGGAACGCAAGGACGUGGGGCGAUGGCGAAUCUUAAUUUAUAACGCGGGAUGGAGACGAGUUUCCGUUGAUUUUUUUGUGAGCAUGGAUUUGGCGCCUCUUCGCGUUGUGUGGAAAGGGAGUGACGCGGUUAUGAGUGUUUUCCUUGUCCGAAUCCGAGAAAAAAGGAGGAGGAAAUUCGCACCUGAAUCUCGUCUCGACUUCGCUGGCAGUCCCUUUAGGAGUCGCCCCUGGUUUGAAAGGUCUCGGUUUUUUUGUUGGUUCGUGGCAGCUAAGCCUUGGUCCAGUUUCGCUACUCCCUGUAAUAUCCGCGGAGAACAAUGAUGAAAGUAAUAUUUGUGAUUUUUGCGUCCAAACCUCGCGAUGUCUUUUUAAUGCGUUCGUGUUUUUGUUAUUGUUUGUGGAGCACGUGGAUUUGUUUGCUUCUGUUGUUUUUUUUCGCCGUCUUGGACCCAGUCUCUUUUGCACCGAAGUGUUUCUUCGCCGGUUUUCGUAUGUUUUCCUCGGACGUCGACUCGCGACGAUCCCAUUCAAUGGAAGUAUUGCGAAGUGGAUUCAUUUUAGGAUUGGUUCCAGUGUUCCGCUCUCCGUUUUUCUGUUCCGAUUUUUUUAAUCAUGUGGUUUCCAGAAAUAUUUUAGUGAAAAAAUUAUGUACUAUGGAA